GGCCAGGCCAUCGGUCUUAUUAAAGUAAAAGCACUCUUACUCUGGGACUUACCGCCCAGCAGAUCCUCUAUUCAGCUAACUACAGGAAAGGUCCUCACCGGCCUUUUUUCGCACACUAUGGUAGCUCGGGGACAUCAGAAACGACGAGGUUGCGCCACUACCAAAGGAGGAUGCAUCGGGGUUCAGCUGCUCAUGGGUGUGUUGUGCGCAAGGAAAGCAACCACUCUCGAAUCAGCGUCGCUUUCACAUCGCCUCCCUCUCUUCAUACGACCGAAGACCUCGCCCAUCUGGCGUCCGUCAUCUCGCUUCAGCAGAAUGGCGCUCACACGACGAACAAAGCCUACGCGGCCUCGCUUAUUCGACCUCGCAAGCCACGACGAUGACGCAUCCACAUCGACAUCCAAAGAUCCUCAAUUGCCGCUGCAGGCGGAAGGUGCGCUCGAGUCUUUGCGUGCCCAGCCUUCCCAGAAAGACCGUUUUCUUCAUCUGGUGAGGCUCGGUGACGAGCUCACGCGUCGCAACCAGCAGCCUGGAGGACUUCCUGACGGCUUUGAGCAGCGAGCGGAGAAGGUGCCCGGCUGCGUGGCUACUGUCAAGGUGCUGGCGACACUCGAUGACGAUGCCGUGAAGGUCUAUGGCACUGCGGAUGCUCGCGUGUCGCAGGGCUUGGUGGCUCUGGUGGCGGAAGCUCUGGAGGGGCUGCCUGCGCCACGAGUGCUGGCUGUCCCGCCUGACGCCUUCGCUGGCUCAACUGCUAUGGCGUCCUUUCUGACCCCUGGCCGGCUCAAUGGGCUCCGCAGCCUCAUCAUGACCAUCCAGCGACAAAUCGCGUCACGCGUGGCAGGUGUUGGAGAAGAACAAGAGAGCGAGACCAGCGCAUCUGCAGGCAGCGAAGGUCUCCCCCUCGGCCCCCCUUCGUUUGUGCUCUCUGAGGCCGCCGGCGAGGUUGCUGUGCUGCUAUCCGGCGGCGUUGAUUCGUCCGUGGCUGCUCGGCUGCUGGUGGAUCGCGGCGAGCGAGUGCGUGCCUUUUACCUGCGCAUAUGGCUUGAGGACGAGCUGUCCCAUCUGGGCGAGUGUCCGUGGGAAGAGGACCUAAGGUUCGCCCGCGACACGUGCGACCAGCUGAAGAUCCCCCUCGAGCUGGUGUCGCUGCAAGACUCCUACUGGGACAGUGUGGUGCGCUACACCAUCAGUGAGGCGGCAGCGGGCCGCACGCCCAAUCCCGAUGUCAUGUGCAACACCCGGGUCAAAUUCGGGGCCUUCUGCGACGACCACGGCCGGCACUUCAAGAGAGUUGCAACGGGCCACUAUGCGCAAGUGAGAAGAGACCAGGAGAACGGGCCUGUGCGGCUAUUCCGCUCACCUGACCGCAUCAAAGACCAAACCUAUUUCCUCUGUGGGCUGUCCCAAGAGCAGCUGGCGAUGGCCGACUUCCCAAUCGGCACUUUCGACAAGGCCCGAGUGCGUCAGCUUGCCCGAGACUACUCCCUGCCCACAGCCAGCCGCCGCGACUCGCAAGGCAUCUGUUUUCUGGGCAAGCUCCGUUGGGAGGAUUUCCUGACCCACUACCUGGGCAAGAAUCCCGGUCCGAUUGUUGAUGUGGCGGGUGGGGAGUUGCUGGGUGAGCAUCAUGGGCUGUGGCUGCACACCGUGGGGCAGCGGAAGGGACUGGGGCCCUACCUGAGAGACAAGAUGGUGCACCGGGGGCCCUUCUUCGUGGUCGGCAAAGACCCAGACACCAACACGCUGCUCGUUACCAAUGACUAUGACGCCAUCGACAGGCCGCGGCAAGAGCUGCAGGUGGAGAGCAUUGGGUGGAUCGCCGGUAAACCGCCCGCAUCACUGUCGACCGCCGGCGAUGCGAUUAUGGAGGUGCAGCUGCGUCAUGGGCCCAAGACACACAUGGCUCGGGUGCGGCUGCUGGACGGGGAUGGCGAGUCAGCUGAGGUGCAUCUUGAGGAGAAGGACUCGGGCAUAGCCCCCGGUCAGUUCGUGGCGUUUUACGCUGGCGACGAGUGUCUCGGCGGGGGACGCAUUAGGGAGACGUGGAAAUGGAAAUGGGAUGGGGUGGGGGGCAGGCAAGAAGCGCCUUCGAGCAAUGUGAUGCUUCUGCAGUGAUGGUGUGUCUUGUGGUAGUGAG